UGCAUUAUUGGAAACGAUGAAGUUUAAUAAUUAUUGUAUAAGGACUAGGGCGGAGCUUCAACAGAGGCUUUGGUUUUUUGCGAGGAACAGUAAUAUUAAUGGCUUCAAACAUGUAGUGAGGAGCAAAAAUAUUCUGGUCAAAUGGUUAUGGGCGACGGUGUUGGCCGCGUCGGCGGGCUGCAUGGCCGUGCUGCUGACGCCGGCGGCGCGCGACAGCGCCGCGCUCACCUACAACCCCGAAACGCGAUACCUUCUCUGGACGACUACCUUCCCAGCUGUCACCGUGUGUGAGAAGUUUUAUGCCGCGACGGCUCAAAGGCAGUUCACGGAUAGCGCUCAGUUUGGUCCCCUGAUAAAAAAUUUAUCGUACAACUAUCGCCGCUAUUUGACGAACUUGUUGAACGGAAUGGGGUCCUGUACAAAGGAAGUCUGCGUACCUUGCGGCUCCACGGUGCCGUGCGACCUGCCCUGGAGGGAGAUAAUUGAUUACAUCUACAAGAGCUGCUCGGAGCUCUUGAGCGCGUGCGAGUUGAACGGCGUCGCGUUCCCGUGCUGCGCGCGCUUCCGCGCCGUCGACGCCGAGCACGGGCCCUGCUACUCCUUCAACACGCUCCAGCACAGAAAUUCUACGCACGAACCACUUAUGACAGUAAAUAGAUCUACUGGACCAGGUCUAUUAUCCUUUCGUGUUCAUCACGAUACUGCUAUAUCCGUUCACAGUCCGGAAGAGUUGUCAACAAAUAAUUUGGAUAACAAGUUCAAGUUUGAAGUGAAAACUCGAGAAGAGAACUGGGUCGAGUUCCUUUUCUCGCUGGUGGAGAUGGCGAACGACCCUUUGCUAAAGUUGGAGGAGCUACUCGUGCGCGGCUGCCGCUAUCUGGAGGAGGUGCCAGCGACGGCGCUCUACACUUACCCCGUAUACUCUUACGGAGCGUGCAAGCUGGCUGAGAGCACCCAAGACUCCUUCCGGCACUGCGGCUGCGUGCACCCGGCGCGCGACCUUGCUUACAAACAGAAAUAUUGCAAUUAUACUGGGCUCAAUUGUUUGGUGACCUAUGAUGCAAACAAGAACAAGUUAGGCAUCCAUCAGAAAAAAAACGACGCCCCGUGCUUGCCGUCCUGCAGCGAGAGUGAGCUGACCACAAUACAUAUAUCCAAGAAAUGGGUGAGCGAGGACAGGGAAGAGGGAACGAAGGUCAACAUCCGGAUGUCGUCUCUGCCGCACUUGCGCUACGAGCGGCACCUGGUGCGCUCCAGUCUGGAUCUAGUCGUAUCCGUGGGAGGUGUCAUUGGACUGUUUUUCGGAGCUUCUAUACUAAGUUUGGUGGAAGUAUUUUACCUUAUCAUUCGAAAACCAUAAAAAUAUUUAUUUAUAUAUUUAUAAAUCUGAAUAAAUACCCCGAGAACCAUGC